AUGGAUAAAUUUUUAAUUAAACGACCACGGAGUGAAGAGUCAUCCAAUUGUCCGAAAGCACCACCGAGCUUUGGAUCAAGCGAGAAAAACACUGAUGUGAAUUUUAAUUCAAAUGACAUCAUUAGUGAUCCAGGACUACGAAAGCCGAUUGAAAACUUUGAUAUCAAGAUUAGAGAUCAAGUACGAUGGGAAUAUUUAACUAGAGGCCCAUGUCAACCAACUGGCCAUAGUUUUCAACAAAAGGAGUACGACAAACAAAGGAGGAGUUUUCAGGAUGCAUGGUUUAAACAAUAUCCAUGGUUGGAGUACAGUGUGAGAAAAGAUUCAGCAUAUUAUUUUUGGUGUUACCUUUUCACACCAAGAAGGGGAAAUCAAAUAAAAGAAGAUGCAUUAACUAAAAAAGGGUUCAAUAAUUGGAAAAAAAGCAUUGACAAAUUUGUAGAGCAUGUUGGUGCUGUGAACAGUGUGUAUAAUGAUGCAAGAGUACAAUUUCAGAGUUUCCAAAAUCAGAGGCAGAGCGUGUCACACCAAUUGGCUACACAUUCACAAGAGAUGGAGGUUGGAUACCGUACUCGUUUAACAGCUGUUUUAGAUGUGACGCGUUUUCUAUUGAAGCAAGGUUUGCCUUUCCGUGGACAUGAUGAGUCCUUGAGCUCCUUGAACAAGGGUAAUUUCCUUGAUGCAAAUAAUCAAAUGACUUCCCUGAAAAUUCAGAAGGAGUUAGCAAAUGCUUGUGCAACAGAGAUUACAUGUACUAUUGUUGAUGAUAAUGGAGAUAAGUAUUUUUCUCUUAUGAUUGAUGAAGCCCGAGAUGUGUCAGUGAAGGAGCAAAUGGGAGUUGUUCUACGCUAUGUGAGUAAGAAUGGGUAUGUGAUAGAGAGGUUUCUUGCUAUGGUUCAUGUGCCAGAUACAUCGGCUAUUUCACUGAAGAAUGCCAUUGAUUGUUUAUUUUCCAAACAUGGGUUAUCUCUUUCAAGACUGAGGGGACAAGGAUAUGAUGGGGCUUCAAAUAUGCGAGAAAAAUUCAACAGUUUGAAGGCACUUGUCCUAAAAGAAAAUCCAUACGCAAGGUAUAUCCAUUGUUUUGCUCAUCAGUUCCAAUUAGUGAUUGUUGCUGUUGCUAAAGACAAUCGAAUUGUGAGUGAUUUUUUCCAAUAUGUUGCUAUGAUUGUUAACGCGGCGGGAGCAUCUUGCAAAAGGAAAGACCAACUUCGGCAACAUCACCAUGACAGGUUGGUUGAGCAGUUGGAGAAGGUAGAGAUAGCCAGUGGCAGAGGACAAAAUCAAGAAUCUAGUUUAGCAAGACCGGGUGAUACUCGUUGGGGAUCGCAUUACACUACCAUUCUCUGUCUAAUCUCAAUGUGGACUUCAGUGUUAAAUGUCCUUCAAAAUGUGCAUGAUGCUUCUAAUGACAAUAGAGGCAUAGCGGCAAGUUUGAUUGAAAAAAUAGAGAAUUAUCAAUUUGUGUUUGUGAUGUAUUUGAUGAGGCGUUUGUUGGGAAUAACAAAUGAGUUAUCACUUACCUUACAACAAAAGGAUCAAAAUAUUGUUCAAGCAAUGUGUUUGAUUGAAGCUGUAAAGGCUCAGCUUCAAGACUUGAGGGAGACAGGAUGGGAGGCAUUUUUGGAGCAAGUUAAAUCUUUUUGUGAAGGAAACUCUAUCGCGGUGCCUAAUAUGGAGGAUCAUAUGCGAAUCCGUGGUCGUUCUAGACGGGAAGGGCAAGUUAUAACUCAUUUUCACCAUUACCGCGUUGAGAUUUUCUGCAAGGUUAUUAAUUUGAUUGCACAAGAAAUGCAAAACCGCUUCCCAGAAACUAGCACAGAGUUACUUCUUCUUCUGUCAUGCCUUGAUCCAAGGGACUCAUUCUCCAAAUUCAAUAUCCACAAGCUACUUCGUCUUGCAGAACUUUAUCCCAAAGAUUUCACAAUGACUGAACGUAUGAUGCUUGAGGAUCAACUUGCUACUUUUAUUUAUGAUGUGCGGCAUGAUCUAGAUUUUAUAAAUGUUGGGGACUUAGGAAGUUUUGCUAGGAAGAUGGUUGAGACAGCCAAACAUAUUAUUUUUUUCACUCAUUUCUCGCCUUAUCAAGUUGGCAUUGGUUUUACCAGUUGCGACAACUAG